GGCAGCCGGGGUCCUCAGGCGCUGCAAUCUGUUGCGCCACCGCCCACGGGAGCCGGCAGAUCCGGGUCUCGUGGCUCCGAGUGACGUGGUCAACCGAAUCCAAACAGAGCUGGGGGAGGAGGUUGCCGGCCGGGAACGGCAGCUGCAACGGCAGCGGUAGCGGCGUCCGGAGCAGCCGCAGCGUUCUGGAAGCCCCAGACGGUCUUCCUACCGAGACUGGGGCCCGGCUCUCACCCUCCCCGCCCCGUCGGUUGUUGUCUGGGCGGGGCCACGUCGUCCACACGGGCGGAGGCGUCUGAUGGAGUCAGAAGUCGCAGCUAGAAAGGAGAAACUCCACAGCCCAGCGAUGUACACACUGUCUCGUCUGCCCGUCAGUCUCAGCCCUUCCUGGGGCCGGUGAAGUCACAGGGACGCGUCCUUUGUUGUGAUUGAUGAUACGGGAAAGCUGCCAUCCUGCAAGCGAGAGCUUUUCAGCCCGCUUGGGUUGCGAAUGUAAAGGAUUCCCUUUUUCCUUUUCAAUUUAAACAGUCAAGUAAAAUCAAACUGGGCAAUCAUGGCAGAAGGAGGAUUUGAUCCCUGUGAAUGUGUUUGUUCUCAUGAACAUUCGAUGAGAAGGCUGAUUAAUCUGUUGCGGCAAUCUCAGUCCUACUGCAUUGACACAGAAUGCCUUCAGGAAUUACCAGGACCCUCCAGUGACAGUGGCAUCAGUAUUACUAUGAUUUUGAUGGCCUGGAUGGUUAUUGCAGUGAUCUUGUUCCUACUGAGACCUCCCAAUCUAAGAGGAUCCAACCUGCCAGGAAAGCCAAGCAGCCCUCAUAAUGGACAGGAUCCGCCAGCUCCUCCUGUGGACUAACUUUGUGAUGUAGGAAGUGAAAAUAGCUAACACCUUGCACGACCAAAUGAACGGAGAUGACUGGAGCGAUGAUCUUAACCCACUAGGAGAGUUUUUCUUUGGUGUCUGCAACAUAGGAGGGUAUCGUUUCAUUGGGCUUCUAGAAACUUCACUUGCAAACUUAUUUUUGCUUCCUGUGCUAUCAUCAUUCCUAUUCAAGUAUGUUUGAGUAAAGGAUUAUAUUAAAAAAAGUUACUGGGGCUUUUUUGGUUGUCGUCAACUUAAACAUUCCACUCAUUCUGUUUGUAACGAUGAUCACUAAUUUUGUGGUGAUUUCUGGCCUGAUUGAAGGAAAUUUGAGAUUUCUGCAUAAUAUUUUAAAAACUUUUGGUAGAUUCUUAAUUUUUUCCCAUAAGAUAUUUAUAAAGUUACUUGGGAUUAUCUGGGACUAUAUAAAAGAAAAUGAGAACCACAGUUGUAUUUACAUUUACCUUCUAGUUUAUCUGUGGCCGGCUGUUUUCUAUAGUUCUGGACUGUGUCAGCUCUUGGAAUGUUUCACAAAUUAUAGAUGAAAUCUGUAUCACUUGUUACAGCUGAUUUAUAUGGCUGCAGUAAAAGGAGAGCAGUGAAAUGGUUGUUUACUGAUUUUUUUUUUUUGUUCCCACUAAAAUGUCUAAUGUUAAGAGUACAUUAAAUAAAUAUGGUUGAUCAGUAUGGGAGAUGAUUAGCAGUCCAUUAUUUAACUGUACACUAGCCUUACAAGGUUUGCUAAAAGAGGGGAAAUGUUCAUGCUUCCUGCCUUUGCCAGGAAUCUAUUCAGUAAUAACUUAAGCUAUAAUUUAUUUUUAAAAUGAAUGCCUCUCAGGAAGCUUCUUUUUAACAUUUCUCUAUUAAAGUGAAACUACCUUGUAUCUAUAUGGGGUCUGUUAGGUUACUGACAUUUGAAUAGCUGUUAUUUAAUUUGAAGAAAAACUUUUAAGUCUUUUGUUCUCCUUAUGACUGUAAAUUUCUUAAAAUGAAGUAUUGGUUUAUUCCAAGGGAAAAUGAACAUAAGAAGCAAUCAAGAUUCUUUUUCUUACCCCUUAACCUCAAUCCUGUUUGUAAAGGGGUGGGUUGAGGUGGGAAGGAUGAGAUUUUAAGGUGUAUAAAAAAAUGAAAAAUGUUCAUUGGUACACCCAGUUUUUAAAAGAGGUGAAUACAAAUGGCAUUUUUAAAUGUCUGCAUGGCCUAUGUGGAUUUGGAAUUUUGCCCUAGCAAAUGAUUAUAGUUGUUUUAUGGGGACUAGAUAUUUUCCUAUCAACGUAAGGAUUUCUUCUAUAGGUCACUCUAGCUUUUCUCUGUACAGUGUAGAUCUGAGAAAUUAUUUCUGUGAAUUCAAUAAACUUCUCUAUAUCAUU